UUUUUUAUCUGUUUAAUCCUGUUUUUAAUUAUUAUCAGAAAUCAAUUGCUAGUACUUGUUUAUAGGACAUUCUUUGAAAAUUUCUGUUCAUGGUUGAGUGAGAGCAACCUGAACAUUAGCAUAAUGAACAAUUCACCUAUUGACCGAAUACAAGCACUGGACAAUAUUGAAAAAGACAUUGCAAAUGUUCUUCAAUGUGCUGGCCAGAGUCUUGCAGAAUUGAGUAAGGACAAGCCUGCCAACAAGCAGGUUGAGACCCACACGACUCAGUUCCUUAAGACCCUCACCAGCGUAGAGACGGAACUCAGCAAGCAGAUCAGCUACUUGACCCAAGUGUCAACAGACCAAAUAGUUAUACAGAAGACACUACAGAUGUCCUGGCAUCGCCUCCAGCACAUCAAGAAUGAAAUAUCAGAGCUGGAAAGACUGAAGAAUAUGCACAACCAUAGAUGAUCCCAUCCUCGUUGUGACAUUUUCUUCCCAUCAUUUAUUAAGUUUCUUUUUAUUUUCAUCGAAACUAUUUUGAAUUUUUUUACUCGAGUUGUUGCUUAUAUAUCGCCUUCAGAAUAUGUUUUAAAAGGAAAGUAUAAUAAUCGUGGUUCUUCAUAAUAGUGUUACCACCACUUGUAAAUGAUUUAGUUUUGUCAAAGUUAAGAAUAACUCUGUUCUGGGUUGACAGUCAAAACCUUGAAUGGAUCUGUCUGAUCUACUAAUUUAUUGUAGAUAGACCUGAGGGGUUUUGG